AUGUCUGAUCCGGAGCCCUCUGUAGCGGCACGUUCGUCGUCCCCGGCCACUGCCCAGGCGCCCGAGUCGGCUGCAGCUGCGGCUCUCAAUUAUGCCUUCUUGGUCCACUCGCAGAAGACUCUGACCCAGAACCUCCCUCCGAGGGUCGACAACAAACUGUUGGCGAGGCAGAAGCGUCGCCGGACGAGUCCUGAGGACCAUGCUAUUCUUGAGACGGAGUAUCAACUGAACCCUAAGCCGGACAAGGCCGCCCGUACAAAUAUAGUGCAGCGGGUUUCGUUGGGCGAGAAGGAAGUGCAGAUUUGGUUCCAGAACCGCCGCCAGAACGAUCGUCGAAAGUCCAAGCCUCUCCAGCCCCAUGAACUCUUAGCCCCGCGUUCCGGCGGGACCGACGCGUCGAAAAACAUCUCGAGUGAUGAAGUCUUACCCGCAGAACCCGGGUCUUCAAGUGGAACGGAACAGUCUGAGGAAUCGGGUAGCGAGAAACAUUCGAUGGAACAAUUGGUUGGCACCGACUCGGUAGAGGCGGACGUCUCGCCCGCAGAGAGAGAUGAGAUUGAACAGCUUGGCCCCGACUCCCAAACGAGCGUCGAGUCAUCCGAAAUUCCGGAAAAUAGCCAGCCUAUUUCAGACACGACUGAACCGGACCCAGAACCCACGCAAAUACACGAGACCAUCGUAUCAGAGGAGUCGCUCCCGAGCUCUGCGAAGAGAAAACGGUCCAUCUCCGAACUUCGUGAAGGCCAGCCACCAGUACAGCAACCAGUCACGCCGGGUGCAGUGCCGGAUGCUAGGUCGCCGCCUUCCUUGAGGAUUUCCUUGUCAUUCGAUGGCGAGGCGAUGGUGAGAAAGGACACCGAGUUGACGCCGUCUCCGCCGAAGGGACGGAACGCGCUUCGAAUCGCCAUGUCUUCAGAUGGGAAGGCCGUGAUCCGUGCCGAGGGCGAACCGUCGCCGUCUAAGAAUCGGGUCUCUAUGUUCUCGGCCCGGAAACCUCAGUCGGCAGGCCUUCGACGAAGCAACAGUGCUGUGGUGCAUGGAACGCCGCGUGGCCCCGCCGAGAAAGACAGACUCUUUGGAAGGUCACGAGACCCUCGCAACUGGGAGUCGUUUUUUGACACCGAUGCACGAAGUGCCCUUUCUACACCGUCCAGCGCCCAGAGUGCGCCCAACUCCGGCACCCCGGGGAUAUUCCGCCCCGGAGCUCCACGUUCUUUAACCCGAAGCCUAUCGGCUCGACAUAGAAACAUGUUGACUUCUACACCCACCUCUUCUGAGUACCUCAAUACGCCAGUCCCCAAUGCCGCAAGAGAGAAGCGGCGGAAGAUUUCACGUACAGUUUCCUCCUUGGGACGUCUGGAGUCUGGCCACAGCCUUCUGAACCGGACGGCAUCUGGCCCGGCUAGACAGGCCAAGUUACUCCCGAAGAUUGCCAAGGACGCUGGAGACGCAGAUAUGCAUGGUGGUGAUUCUGACAAGGAGAACUGGGUCCCCGGUACUCGAGCGUCCCAUGUUCGUCGUCGGACGGCUUCCCACCAUCAAUCACAACGCCCCGCUCUCGGAGAGUCAAAGGGGAGAGACGGAAAGGCCAAUAAGGAUCUCAUGACCACCGGCAGACGCUCGCGACUUUCUCAGACGUCGCAGCGCAAAGUCAGCGGAGGCAAGGACGUACCAGAAGAGGACGCUGAUGUCUCUGCAUUCAUGGCUGGCGGGGGAAGUGCAAGUCAGGAAGAAGAUCUUGAUUGCAUCCAGGGCUUGCUGUCACUCAGCCAAGGUGCAUGGAGCUCACGCUGCGUCAGUGCCAUGGACAAAAAACCUCAUGUGGCCAUCAUUGGGGCCGGCUUUUCGGGACUCAGAUGCGCAGAUAUUCUUGCUCGAAAUGGGGCUCAGGUGACCAUCUUCGAGGCCAGGAACAGAGUCGGAGGGAGGGUUCACCAAAGCGAGGUUGGGAAUCACCUGGUAGAUCUAGGGCCGAAUUGGAUCCAUGGCACCGGAAAGAAUCCAAUCGCCGAUAUUGCGGCACUGACCGAAACCACCACUGACGACCUUGAGGGAGACCAAGCUUUGUAUUCCUCUGAUGGCAAACUCAUAGACCGUCAAGUGGCCGCCAAAGUAUCCGAAUUCCUGUGGGAAACUAUCGGAGAGGCCUUUGAGUAUAGCAAUGCUCACAAGGAAACCAUCUCACCAGACCGCAGUCUGCUUGGUUUCCUCACGGAGCGACUUGAGACAACCAGUCUCACUCCCUUGGAAAAGGAGCUGUGUAUAGAAUCAAGCAGGCUGUGGGGAGCGUACGUCGGGGAUCCCAUUGAAAGGCAGAGCCUGAAGUUCUUCUGCCUCGAAGAGUGUAUAGACGGGAAUAACUACUUUGUGGCUUCCACAUAUAAAGCUAUCCUACAGCAUGUCUCCAAGACAGCCCUUGAGAACGCCGAGAUUCGCUUUGAUCGACCGAUAGUCAAAAUUGAUUCAAAGCUCCGAGAUGAUCCAAAGACACCGGGUGAAAUCGCCUUAACCACCGCAACUGGCGAAAUCUUUCAGUUUGACGAAGUGGUAGUCACCUGCCCACUGGGAUGGCUGAAGCGCAACCAAGCGGCCUUCACCCCCGAGCUCCCGACCCGACUCACCCAAGCCAUCAAUAGCAUCUCAUACGGUCGACUGGAGAAGAUAUACGUCACCUUCCCCGAAGCCUUUUGGCACAAAAAUACAGACCACAACACCAACAAUCUCAAUGGACCAACACCAACAACAAAGACCACCGCCCCCGAACAACCAUAUACCUUUAUCCAGUUCCUCGACCCAACUUACACCCCCCGCCCCUCCAAGAUCAUCUGGAACCAAGAGUGCGUCUCCCUCGCAACUCUCCCCGCUCCCUGCACCCAACCCACCCUCCUCUUCUACACCUAUGGGCCCUGCGCCACGCACAUCGUCUCAUCCCUCAAAGACCUCCCUCCUUCCUCCCCAGCCUACAACACCUACCUCACCACCAUCCUCUCUCCCUUCUACUCUCGUCUCCCAGGCUACGACCCCUCCUCGCAGGCCUGCCAACCAACCGCCUUCCUCGCCACCCAAUGGCAAAACGACCCCUACGCCGGCCACGGCUCAUACUGCAAUUUCCAACGCGGAUUGGAGCACGGCGAUCGCGACAUCGAGGUCCUGAGAGCCGGUAUGGGCGUUGACCGCGGCGUGUGGUUCGCUGGCGAACAUACGGCGCCGUUCGUAGCUUUGGGGACCACGACGGGUGCGUACUGGAGUGGGGAGCGCGCGGCGAGUCAAAUCUGUGCGCUUUAUGGGUUGGGAAAUGUUGGGGUGGGUGUGGUGAGGGAUGACUCUUUGCCUUCGGCUGCGGUAGCGGCAGGGAAGGACGUGGUGCUGGAGAAUGGUUCGAACUAG